UUUUCUCAUUGUCUCCUCCUCCUCCUCCUCUCUCUAUACUUCUCUCUCAUUCAUUCUGCAAUUCUCCCAUUUUUGGAUUCUGUUGAGGAAGCCUAAUUCAUCCUUUUUUUGGUUUAUUUGGCUUUAAUUUUGUGUUCUUUCUGUGAAGAUCCAUGGAAACUAUUCUUGAACAUUCAGCUAAUUCUCCAUGUGAGAAUACCCACAAUGUCGAUGAAGAAGAGUCAGACGAGGAGCUUUUCAAGAUAGGACACAAGCUACUAUUUUGUGCUUCCUCCAUUUCUCUCUCUGCUGAAGAGUUUCAAAGUCUAAGCAUGGGGGAAGAUCAUAUGGAUGAAGAUUCUACUAGAGAAGUUAUUGAGGAGGAUAAAGUAUAUGAGGAGUCGAUAAGAGAAGCUCCCGAGGAUCAGACAGAGUCUGAAUCAACAACUUCCAAGCCUAGCACUUCAGAUUCUGAUGGUUGGCAAGGAUUCAUUAAAAGACUAAAGAAAGGGCCAUCCAUACAUUUGCAUACAUUCCAUUCUAACAUGCCUUCCCUACCUUCACUACCUUCCUUAAAGAUGUUAUCCAAAAGAAAAAGUAGGAGUGCACGGCGGAGCAUGCCAAUGUUGCCUGCUCCUAAUUUAGAUAUUGAUUUGCAAUACUGCUUUGAAGCUAACUGGAAGAAUUUCUCCCUCUCAGAACUUCAGCAAGCUACCGACAACUUUAGCCCUGAGAAUUUGAUUGGUGAGGGAGGUUAUUCUGAAGUAUACAAGGGACAUCUCAAAGAUGGCCAACCUGUGGCAGUAAAAAGGUUGACGAGAGGAUCUCAAGAGGAAAUGACGUCUGACUACUUAUCUGAGCUAGGAAUUUUAGUACAUGUCAAACAUCCAAACAUUGCCAAUGUAAUUGGAUAUGGAGUUGAAGGUGGGAUGCACCUUGUUCUUCCUUUGUCUCCUCAUGGGAGCUUAGCUAAUAUGCUUAAUGGUGAGAGGGGUAAAUUGACUUGGCACAUAAGGUAUAAUAUUGCUCUGGGCGCGGCAGCAGGCCUUGCAUAUCUUCAUGAGGGGUGCCAGAGGAGGAUUAUCCAUAGAGAUAUAAAGGCUGCUAAUGUAUUGUUGACAGAAGAUUUUGAGGCUCAGAUAUCUGACUUUGGACUUGCAAAAUGGCUCCCUGAUAAGUGGACUCACCUCACUGUAUCGCAGUUUGAAGGCACCUUUGGUUACCUCCCUCCUGAGUUCUUUAUGCAUGGCAUUGUGGAUGAAAAAACUGAUGUCUAUGCUUUUGGUGUGUUACUGUUGGAGCUCAUUUCCGGACGUCCAGCUUUGGAUGAAUCUCGUAAUAGUGUUGUGAUGUGGGCUAAACCUUUACUUCUCGGCAAGAAACAUAAUGAGAUAGUUGAUCCAUCACUUGGAGAUGCCUAUGACUCAGAACAGCUUAAUCAGAUUCUUAUGGUUGCCUCAUUGUGCAUACAACAAGAUUCAGCAGACCGGCCUUCAAUGAGCCAGGUUGAGCAAAUGUUAAUUGGUGAUGACGGUAUUCUACAGAGCAAGAAAAAGUUCAAAAGAUGGCCUCCCCUCAAGCGAAGAUGUGCCAUAGAAUUGGAUGCGCUACUUGAGUCACCCUGACAAAAGUUUACAGAUAAUCCAAACAAGUAAAAUCAUCUAGAACUAGACCUUCUUAGCAAUGAGGAUCUUUUUAUGCGAUUGAGUCCUCUGUAGUUGAUGUCUGCACCAUAGAGCUGUUGGAAUUCAAAGCAAGCAUUAUUAGGUGAUGAAAGUUCUAGACCAGUUAUGUCGGAAUCUGAGCAACCGAAACUGGGAUAAGAAAUCAAAACAAGAAGUGUAAUGCUUCAAGAAUUUGAAGUUUUGACAAGCGUAGCAGAUUUUGUCGGUGAAUGUUCAACAACUAUGUUGAAGAAGAAAGAUAUGCUAACAUCUAGGGUGCAUAUUCAGAUUCAUCUCUAUUUGAUGCCAUUUUUGUUUAAAUACCUCCACAACUUCUCAACUUGCUAGAUUUUGAAACUGAAUUCAAUUGAUACAUAGAAUUGUGAACUGUAGAUAUAUGUAGGUGAAAUGUUAUAUACUAGGUUGCAUGUACUUGAGUUUGACAUGGCCAGCAAAUAAAUAUGCAUAGUACAUUCUUUU